AUGGCAAAUCAUAUUAGAGAGUCUCAAGCCUGGAAAGAGAGAUGUAUGCAUGAAGACAAGGCUGCUCUUUCCUUCAUCAAUUCCUACAUUCUGGCACGGGAGAUGAGCAACAACUCCCCAGUGUCCAAAGGACCCAACAACAUACCUCCAGGAUUUAAACCAAAGGCGUUGCCUCACUUGCUUGAGCCUAUAGAAAAGAAAUCUCCCUCCUCCAUUAAUAAUAAUAAUAACAAUGGAGACCUAUCGAACCGAUCCAGUAGGGUUUCAGAAGAUGAUUCCCUCUCUGUGCGAUCAUACAAAUCCAAUGCCAGCUCAAUUUCAAAUGGUUCUCGCUCAGGAAGAUCGGACCGCUCAAACAGAAGCUCCGCCCUUGAUGAAGAGAGUAAGAGAAAGAUUGAUAUGCUGGAGAAGAGUCUCAACGAAGAACGAAAAGGACGACUCGAAGUUCAGCAAGAACUCGAAAGUUUGAAACAACUCAUUAAGGAAAACUUGAAAAAGUGA